GACUACCCGUCGAUACCCUGAUCCCCUGAUCCCCUGAUCUUUGGCCACAUCACUUUAUGUUCAAAAAGACACAAUUAUGAAAUCGUAAAUACGCGUUGUUUACCAAGAUUCUAUUAUCGUUCAUACUUAUUUUUCGCACAACAAAAUAAACUUCCAACUGGGGCCCAUCAUGAGUUCGACUAAACUUCCAUUCGAUGUAAGAUCCUACAAUUUCAAACAAUUAUGGAAAUACCCCUGACUCAACUCGAAACACUAACCCGCCCGCAUUUAGCUUAAAAACACGUCCCUCUUCCACGAUAAGUCAUACGUCAAUGGAGAAUGGAUCGAAGCUAAAUCCGGCAAACGUUUCGACAUCAUAGGUAUUGACUCCCAGAUCAACAUCUCUCCGCAAACCACAACAAAAUCCUAACAACCCACCAGAUCCCGGAACCGGUCAAGUAUGGGCCACAGCACCCGACAACGAUGCAUCGGAUGUAGAUGGCGCCGUGCAAGCCGCCCACACGGCUUUUGAAUCUUUCAAGAAAGUUAAUCCGAGGACAAGGGCCCAGUGGCUUUUGAAAUGGGAUUCUUUGAUUAGGGAGAAUAAGGAGGAUUUGGCUAAGAUUGUUACUUAUGAGACGGGAAAACCAAUCGUUGAGAGUUUGGGUGAGAUAGAUUAUGCGUUGGGUUUUACGUGGUGGUUUGCUGGGGAGGCGGAGAGGGUUACGGGAACGAUUCAGGUAUGUCUUUCUUUUUAGAUGUGUCUGUUGUUUGCUACAGAUGUUUCUUUCGCUGUAUAUCGUAUCACAUAUUUUCACGAAGCUUUCUGUAUCCUCGGCAUCAUUCCCGUGUUUGCACAUUGCUAACGUAGGAUCUUACCUCGUGAUUAGACAUCCUCAGUACCCGGUAGAAGAGUAUUCACCAUCAAGCAACCAGUUGGUGUGGCUGCUGCAUUAGUACCAUGGAAUUUCCCAAUUGCGUAAGUAACCCUAACCUCUCCGAUUUUCUAUCUAACAUUCAUUAGAAUGAUUCUGCGAAAGGCUGGAGCUGCCUUUGCAGCCGGUUGUUCUAUGGUAGUAAAACCAUCACCAGAAACACCUCUAUCCGUACUAUCUUUAGCCAUGCUUGCUGAGCAAGCAGGAUUCCCAAAAGGUGUAUUCAGUGUUUUGACUACAAGUUUGGAUAAUACCCCUCCGCUGAGUGAAGCAUUGUGUCGUCAUCCGUUGAUUAAAAAAGUGACCUUUACUGGUUCGGUGAGAUCAUACAUCCAUAUUGAUGAACGUAGCCUGAAUACUAACGACUUUUAGACAAGAGUUGGUAAACUUGUGGCAAAAUUGUGUUCUGAUGGAUUGAAGAAAGUUACCUUGGAACUUGGUGGCAACUGUCCUUUUAUAGUAUUUGAUGAUGCGGAUUUGAAUCAAGCUGCUGAUGGUAUGUUAAAUUUUUUUCACUUUGGGUUAGAUACUUGUAGAUCGUGAUGCUUUAUGUCUCAUAAAAAACCUGGAUGACCCCUAGCAAAUACUAACACGAAUAGCACUCAUGGGCCUCAAAUGGCGUCACGCCGGCCAAGCUUGCAUAACCGCCAAUCGCGUAUAUGUACAAUCCGGUAUCUACGACACCUUUGCCACACUCAUCAAAGAAAAGACCUCCAAACUUAAGAUCGGCCAUGGCGCCAAAGAAGGAACUACACUCGGACCCCUCACCACUUCUCGAGGUGUCGAUAAAGUCAUAGAUCAAAUCGAAGAUGCCAAGAAACAUGGUGGGCAAGUUGUACUCGGAGGUGCAAAAGUCAAAGAUACCACGGGGUAUUUUUUCGAACCGACGAUAAUUUUGGGAGCGAAGAAGGAAAUGUUAAUUACGGAAGAGGAAACUUUCGGGCCGGUAUUGGCGUUGUAUUCUUUUGAGACGGAGGAGGAAGCGGUUGAGGCGGCGAAUAAUACUAGUGUAAGUUUUGCAUUUUUUUGUGUGAGAGGUAGAAUAUGAGGUGUACUAACACAAAUAUAAUAGAUGGGUCUAGCAUCCUACUUCUUCACCAAGAACAUCGAUCGUACUUGGCGACUUUUAGAAAAUCUAGAAGCGGGUAUGAUUGGGAUGAAUACUGGUAUGUAACUUUACCCUCUUCAUUAAUUCAUACAUUCAUACAUAAGACUGUAUGCUAACAAAAAAUCCACAUCAUAGGUAGUUCAUCCGCAGCCGAAUCACCAUUUGGCGGAAUCAAAGAAUCAGGCUAUGGAAAGGAAUCCGGAAAAGAUGUCGCGAUUAAUGAAUACCUUAUUACGAAAACGGGAACGAUGACUAUUGAUGGUCAUUAUUAGGUUUGGUGAGCUAGCUACUGGAUCUUACUGAUUCUUCUGUUCUUUCGUGCUGGAGGAGAAAGGUGAAGGGUGAAAGUUGAAGUGAAUGUGUACACGAUAAUUUUAUGAUCUAGGAUUUAUGAAUUAGUGAUGAAAUGAAUUGAUUAGUAAAAAAAAUUGAUAUAUAUCUUUAUCAAAAUCG